AUGGAUAAUUUAGAAUCGGAUGAAGCAAGAGUUUUACCAGAAAAAACUCGAAAGAAAUCAUCAUUUAGUGGUAAUACAUUGAAUCUGGCACGACCACUUCGUUUUCUAGUAAAUCACCAACGAUCAUCAAAAGGAAAUAGUAAUGCUGCUUUUGUUCAUCAAAUGGAUACUAUGGAUGAGUCGACAUUUUCUAUAUCUCCACCAACCUAUGGUAAUUUAGAACAUAUACAAUCUUUUAAACCUUUAUGUAAACCGGAUGAUAAAUCUCUUCCAAAAGAAGUCAGAGAAUUUUAUGAAGAUCAAUUAGAAUUAAUAACAUCCAUCGAAGAUAUUCUCGUACCGAAAAGUGAUGAAGUGAUAGAUCAUGAAACGGCUUAUGAAAAACGACGUAAAAGAACUAUUAAAUUGUUAACCAUGAUCACCUUAGUCACCAACAUUGUUCUUGUUAUUAUCAAAAUAGUUGCUGCAGUAAUAUCAAAAUCUCUUUCAGUCAUUUCUUCAGUUGUUGACAGUGUUGUUGAUCUUCUAACAAGUCUUAUUCUCAUUUGGACAGCUCGAAAAAUUAAGAAACGAGAUGCUUAUAAAUAUCCUGGAGGACGAACACGUCUUGAACCAAUUGCAAUUGUUAUUCUAUCUGUAAUAAUGUGUUCAGCGAGUGUACAAGUUAUUUUUGAAAGUGCCGGAACAUUAGAUCAAGACAUUGAAUAUUUUACACAUCAAAAUAAUGGUUCAUCAACAAAAACAUUACCUGAGAUAAAUAUGAGCAUAGUACCUAUAGUGGCUAUGGUUCUUACUAUUGUUUCGAAAUCAAUUCUCUUCGUUUUAUGUUAUCGAAUUAAAAAUCCAACAAUGUAUGCAUUAGCAGAAGAUAGUCGAAAUGAUGUAGCAUCUAAUAUUGUAGCACUUGCUUGUGGACUCAUCGCUUCAAAUGCUCUGCACGGCAGAAUUAAGAAAGAAGCUAUUGUAGUCGAUCCGGCUGGUGGUAUUCUUAUUUCAGUGUAUAUUAUUAUCGCCUGGAUCUUACAAGCAAACAGACAAGUACGUCGUCUAACGGGUCUUACAGCUGAACCAUCUUUUCUUCAAAGACUUACUCAUGUUGUUUAUAAUUAUCGUCCUGAUAUUGUCACAAAAAUUGAUUUUAUUCAAGCUGUUCAUCAUGGAACGAACUUUUUCGUUGAAGUUGAUAUUGGCUUGCCAGCUUCGAUGCCACUUGCCAUGGCCCAUGAUAUUGGUGACAAACUACAAAAUCAACUAGAAGCAAUUGAUGAUAUUGAACGAGCUUUUGUUCAUCUCGAUUUUGAAUUUUCACAUAAGCCAACUAGUGAACAUAAGGUUGUUUGA